CAUGGUGCAUCUACUUCCAACUAACCGUCAUUUCAGGUUGAAUGUACUUGACCUGAAACUCGUAGCCAUUGGAUUCCAUUUGGCCUCCGAAAUCGAUGUUAAACAUGUUCCCGAACAAAUUCUAGUCAAUUUGAUUUGGUAGACUGACAAAUCGAAACUUCUGAUUGUAAGAAACAGUUCAGUCAUUUGGAAAGAUGCUUCCGCACCAAGAACUGGUUUAGAUCAUCCGCACUGCACUACUUUACUGUCUUUUCAGCUGCCUUUCGAAACUUACUCAAUAUUGGAAUGUUCGGUCCCAGGCGAUUGGCACCAUAUUUUGGGCGCCACCUAGCAAUACGGUUAUAUGCCUUAUCCUAAUUAUCCCUUUCCUUGUGGUGAUCGUCCAAAUAUUCAUUCGACGUCAGCGGUACUAAUUUGCCAGCCGUGGGUUGUUGUGGCUCUGCAGUGCAGGUCACCAGUCUUAUUUUCCAAGAGAUCAGCAUCAAAAUGGAGCUUUAGACUACCUUGACCUGUGUCAAUCUUUUGUGAACAUCGAUUCUCAGCAAAGAUCGCGAUGAAUUCAACUUUCGUCCCCGUUCAAUCAGGCAAGAAAGAGCAAAUCAGCCGAUUCAGAUAUGACGGCCUGGUUCUCGGAGCUAGAGACUUUUUGUUGUGCCGUCGAUUCUGUGGAGAUAUUCAAAUAUGAAAAUAUGGAUAUAUAAGAACCCUUUCUCCUUUUUUUUAACAGCCUUAUAUUCACAAUAAUUUCCAUCUUUCAUCGAUCCAUUCACCUCCUAUCCAAUUCAUCAAAUCAAAAGUUAUAGACCAAAUAUAAAAUAUACAAUCAUGAAAGUAACAACAAUUGUUGCGCUAUUGGCAUUGACUGCGAGUGAAGUCGCUGCGUACCCUCGAUUGGCUGCAGAACAUGCCGAAAGACUCGCAAAAUCUCAACUUGGCAAGCGAAGUACGGCUACUCGUGACCCACUUCAAAAGAGAGUCAGUUUUGAUGCUGCGUCGCAGUACGUUAGCACGACAGGAGAGCAUGCCUUUGUACCACCAAAUUUCGGCGCAGGAGAUGUUCGAGGACCUUGUCCAGGAUUGAAUGCCGCCGCAAAUCAUGGAUACAUCCCCCACAGCGGAGUCGGUACUAUAGGCGACUUUAUCGAUGGUACCAAUAGGGCAUAUGGCAUGUCAUUGGACCUUGGAACAUUUCUUGCUGUUUUUGGCGCCGUGUUCGAUGGCAACUUGCUAUCUUGGUCAAUUGGUGGACCAACACCUAAAGUUGGCCUUCCCCUGGGCAAUAUUUUGGGGCUGACUGGAACUCCUCGAGGCAUUUCUGGCUCCCACAACAAGUACGAAUCUGAUACCUCUCCAACUCGCCCGGAUCUGUGGCUAGCUGGACAAUCCUAUAAUCUUGAAGUCCCACUGUUCCAGAAGUACUACGAUGCUUUGGUCGAGGGUGUUGGUGCCGAUGAACAAUAUCAGAAUCUUCUUGACUUCAGAAUCGACCGCUUCAAUAACUCUAUUACAACAAACCCCUACUUCUUCUCUUCGCUCUUUGCAGGUGUUCUUGUUUCUCCUGCCGGCUAUAAUUUCCCAGUCCGAAUGAUGUCCAACAAAUCUGCAGAAUUUCCGGAGGGCUCGUUAACUAAGAAAGAUUUAAUGUCCUUCUUUGCCAUCACAGGCGAGUCUGGCAACUUUCAAUAUAAAGUCGGCAAUGAACGUAUUCCAGACAACUGGUACAAGAGAGCUAUCGGUGAUGAGUAUACCAUCGCUGGUUUCCUUGUUGAUGUUGUCGAUUAUGCUCUGCAAUACCCACCUCUUCUUGAUAUUGGUGGAAAUAUGGGAACGCCCAAUACUUUUGCACCUGUCAAUCUUGGAUCUUUGACCAAGGGUGUGUUUCAAACUGGAUCCUUACUUGAGGGAAACAACCUGGAAUGUUUCGUUUUUCAAGUCGCACAAGCAGCACUCCCAGAUAUUGUUGCCGGCGCCGUUGGGAAUCUUGCAAAUACCAUAAAGCCAUUCACCGAUGUUGUUACUCAACGUCUUGGUGGCUUGGGCUGCCCGCAAUUACAAGGCAUUGAUCAAAGUCAAUUCUCGAAAUUCCCAGGAUACACCAAUUGCAAAAAUGGAUGUACGAAGUAUUAGGCGGAUUUGAGAGCAAGGGCUGUAUGAUAGAAGGGAAACAUUCUAAUGUUAACCUUAACGAUUUAUGAUUGCGUCGAAGAUUAUAGCGAACUCUGGAGCAGGAAUUAUUGAUUUCUUUGUAUUAUAAUUUGUAUAAAUUAAUGUAAAUUAUU